ACCUCACCCAAAAUGGCUUAGCGGCUAGAGUCACGGGUCCCCCCAUGCCAAACAAUGCCUCGCUGUGCCUCGGUUCGGCUCAAGUUGUAGUCAUCUGGGGACGGCACUCGGCGGGACCGUAAGCUGUUUCUUGUCCAUCAUCGUCUCCGAUCACCGACAACUUGCCGUAAACCUGUCCUUCUCCUCCCCUCUCCCUCCCAUCAUUUAACCCCCGCGGUCUCCCUACCUAAAUCAACGCUCACGUCUUCAUUUUUCCUCCUCCAUCUCGACAUUCUCCCAUCACAGAGUAAUCCACGAAGACAAACUCAUCAUGGCCUCCCCUCAGAAGAUUCGCACUCCGCUCACUGAUCUGUUCAAGAUCAAUCAUCCGGUUCUCCUCGCCGGUAUGAACGUCGCUGCCGGCCCUAGGCUGGCGGCCGCCGUCACGAACGCCGGUGGUCUUGGCGUCAUUGGAGGUGUCGGCUACACUCCGGAGAUGUUGAGGGAGCAGAUCGCCGAGCUCAAGGAACAUCUCGACGACAAGAACGCGCCUUUUGGCGUUGAUCUGUUGCUACCUCAAGUUGGCGGUAGCGCCCGGAAGACAAAUUAUGACUAUACCAAGGGCAAGCUCAACGAGCUUGUCGAUAUCAUCAUCGAGUCGGGCGCCAAGCUCUUCGUCUCCGCCGUCGGCGUACCCACCAAGGCCGUCGUCGACAGGCUCCACGCCGCAGGCAUUGUCUACAUGAACAUGAUCGGCCACCCCAAGCACGUGCAAAAGUGCCUCGACCUGGGCGUCGACAUCAUCUGCGCCCAGGGUGGCGAGGGAGGCGGCCACACGGGCGACGUCCCCACCACCGUGCUGAUCCCGGCCGUCGUCGCCCAGUGCUCGCGCUACAAGUCGCCGCUCACGGGCCAGCCCGUCCAGGUCGUCGCCGCCGGCGGCAUCCACAACGGCCAGCUCCUGGCCGCCGCCCUCAUGAUGGGCGCCUCCGCCGUCUGGGUCGGCACCCGCUUCAUCCUGACCGACGAGGCCGGCGCCCCCAAGGCCCACAAGGACGCCGUCCGCACCGCCUCGUGGGACGACAACAUCCGCACCAUCAUCUUCACCGGCCGGCCCCUCCGCGUUCGGAACAACGAGUACAUCAACAACUGGGAGACGGAGCGCCAGCAGGAGAUCAAGGAGCUCACCGCCAAGGGCGUCAUCCCGUACGAGGCCGACCUGGAGAAGCACAUGCAGGAGGCCGAGAACAAGGAGGGAGGCGACGACAACGCCGAGGACGAGGACGACGACGACCCGCUUGAGAAGUUCAGGCCUUUCCUCAUGGGCAAGGCGGCCGCCGUUGUCAACGAGCAGAAGCCUGCCAAGGCUGUCGUGGACGAGUUUGUCAACGAUGCCGUGGAAUGGAUCAACAAGGGAAAGAGCAUGGUUGCCAAGCUAUAAACCGUAGUUGGUGUUUCUUUUCUGGUUCGGGUCCACCGCGUUCUAAAUCCUUAGCACGGCGUGGAAUUUUCUUUUUGCUUUUUCUUGGGUAUAUGGGAUAGGAGGAGGGGGGAGGACAUGGAUGGGGAAAUGAGCAAUGGAGCCAUAGAAGGAAAACAAUUGCGCCGCCCGUCAAAGUGACGGAUGAGAUCUGCGCUUGUAUAUGAUCAUCAGUCUAUGGCAUUGAAAUAGCCUAUGCAUUAUGGACGAGGACUCUUCGAAUCAAGCUGGGCCGAGUUCCCCUUUGAUUUUCAACAACUGAACGAACCAUGAACCCUGGGCCCUAGAAGGUAUUGUAUAGACAACCUCGGUUAUGAAG